AUGUCAUUUCUCCAACUGUGUCCUAACAGUUUGUUCUGGGUGCUGUCAAGGCACGUUAAAUUGCAUCAGUUCAAUUCUGGAAAUUCAUCCAAGACAUUUUUCCAGGCUCUCUGGUGGCUGCUGUUGGGAAUAAUCCUACUUUGCUCUCCAGCACAUUGUUCUGUUUUUAAAAUUGGAUUGCUCGGACCCUGGAACUGUGACCCCUUCUUUUCCAAAGCCUUUCCCCACGUGGCUGCCAGGAUAGCAGUGGGACGAAUAAGCAAAGAUCCUUCACUAGAUCUUGGCCACAGGCUGGAUUAUGUGGUCCUGCAAGAAGAAUGUGAGACAUCAAGAGCUCUAGUUAGAUUCAUUGACUUUGGAAAGCUUUCCUCAGCUUUCAUAGGCCCUCUGAACCCUGGCUUCUGUGAGGUGGCUACACUUUUAGGGGAAAACUGGAAUAAAGCCAUCUUCUCAUGGAUGUGCAUCAAUUAUAAACUGGAUUCCACCAUCCACCACCCUACAUUUGCAAGGACCCUGCCAUCUCCAACCCGCGUUUUGUUUACAAUAAUGAAAUAUUUUAACUGGGCUCAUGUUGGCAUCAUUGCUUCCAAUGAGGAUAUUUGGAUGGACACAGCUAACAAGUUAGCGAGUGCACUCAGGAACCAGGGGCUUCCUGUAGGCAUUGUUACAUCCAUGCGUAAAGGAGAAAAAGGCAUUGAAGACACCUGGAAUGAGAUUAAAGAAGUUGACGGCAUUAGAAUUAUACUCCUGUGCAUGCAUUCUGUGCUCGUUGGAGGGGAGGAACAGGCCACCUUGCUCACAAAAGCCCUGGAAAUGGGACUAGCAGAUGGAAGAUACGUCUUUGUUCCGUACGACACUUUACUGUACAGUCUUCCUUACCAAAACAACUCAUUCAGCAUCUUUGAUAACGACAGCAAGCUCCAGGAAGCAUAUGAUGCUGUGCUGACUGUCACACUGGAGUCUGGAGAAAGGACUUUCUAUGAUGCAUUCAGGGAAGCUAAAGAAAGUGGUGAAAUAACCAGCGAUUUGGAAGCCACCCAGGUUUCUCCACUUUUUGGAACAAUCUAUGAUGCCAUUUACUUCAUGGCAAUGGCUUUAGACAGUGCUCGGAGGAAAGGAGUCAGAAUUUCAGGAGCUAACAUAGCUGAGCACACAAAAAACUUCAGUUUCCCUGGAUUUAGUCACUGGAUAGAGACAGACAACUGUGGGAAGGGGCUGAGCAACUAUGUGAUACUGGACACAGAUGGUCAUGGGAACCAGCUCUUCCCAACCCACUUGCUGGACAUGUCUUCAGACUCUGUGAAGUCCCUAGCCCGGGCCAUCCACUUUCCUAGUGGAGCUCCACCCAAGCCAGACUCCAGCUGUUGGUUUGAUCCAGAUGUUCUCUGCACUGGAGGGAUUGAGCCUACAGUCAUGGUUUUGGGAGUAAUGCUGAUAUUUGCCUUGGUGCUUUGUGCUGUGGGCCUGGCUUCUCUCAUCAGGCAUAGUAUCUUGAACAGCCAGCUAUUCAGGGGACCUAACAAGAUAAUACUGACCUUGGAUGACCUUGUCUUCAUCAACCCAGAGCUACAUAAAAAGAGGCUGACCUUGGACAGUCUGACUGAUGCAAACAGCGUAGCAGCUGACGGCAGAAGCCUGAAAUCCGUAACUCGCUCCUUUUCCUUGAAAAGCACAGCUGCCACCCAUGAAACCUCCAAUGUGGCUUUGUAUGAGGGAGACUGGGUGUGGCUGAAAAAAUUUGAGACGGGAGCAGUUCACAAUCUGCGGCAAAGCUCCACCAGCAUCUUGAGGAAGAUGAAAGAACUGCGUCAUGAAAAUGUGAACCUCUUCCUGGGCUUUUUCUCUGACUGUGGCAUCUUUGCCAUAGUGACGGAGUACUGCUCCCGAGGAAGCCUGGAGGACUUGCUGAAAAAUGAAGAUAUGAAACUGGAUUGGAUGUUCAAGUCCUCUCUCGUGAUGGAUCUCAUUAAAGGAAUUAGGUAUUUGCAUCACCGAGAUUUUGCCCAUGGACGUCUCAAGUCUCGUAACUGUGUUGUGGAUGGCCGGUUUGUGCUGAAGAUCACUGACUAUGGUUAUAACGAGCUCUUAGAAGCACAGAAAUGCCCGUAUAUUCAUCCACCCCCAGAAGAAUUGCUCUGGACAGCUCCUGAGUUACUGAGGGACCCGGACAUGUGCAGAAAAGGCACGUUCAAAGGGGACAUUUACAGCUUUGCAAUCAUCCUACAAGAAGUGGUUGUUCGGGGUCCACCAUACUGCAUGUCAGAACUCUCAGCUGAAGAAAUUAUAAAGAAAGUGAAGAAGCCCCCUCCCCUGUGCCGCCCAAACAUAGCCCCUGAGUUGGCCCCCCUGGAGUGCAUCCAGGUAAUGAAGCAAUGCUGGGGUGAAGCCCCUGAACGACGUCCAACCUUUGAGGAGGUAUUUCAUAAGUUCAAAACCAUCAACAAAGGGAAAAAGACCAAUAUCAUUGACUCAAUGCUCAGGAUGCUUGAGCAGUAUUCGAGCAACCUGGAAGAUCUAAUCAGGGAGCGGACCGAAGAGCUAGAGAUUGAAAAACAGAAGACAGAAAAACUUCUGUCACAAAUGCUCCCGCCAUCAGUGGCAGAAGCCCUCAAGACUGGUGGCACUGUGGAGCCAGAGUAUUUUGACCAGGUGACCAUCUACUUCAGUGACAUCGUGGGCUUCACAACCAUUUCAGCCCUCAGUGAACCCAUUGAAGUAGUUGACCUUCUGAAUGACCUUUACACGCUGUUUGAUGCUGUUCUUGGAAACCAUGAUGUUUACAAGGUGGAGACAAUUGGCGAUGCCUACAUGGUUGCCUCAGGGCUCCCAAAACGGAAUGGAAACAAGCACGCGGCUGAGAUAGCCAACAUGUCCCUGGACAUCCUCAGCUCGGUGGGAACAUUCAAAAUGAGACACAUGCCAGACAUCCCUCUCAGGAUACGGAUCGGGCUGCAUACAGGGCCUUGCGUGGCAGGUGUGGUGGGGCUUACCAUGCCACGGUACUGCCUUUUCGGAGACACGGUGAACACGGCGUCACGAAUGGAGUCCACGGGCCUGCCUUACAGAAUUCAUGUCAGCCAAAGCACAGUGGAUACGCUUCGGAGUCUAAAUGAAGGCUAUGAAAUCGUACCUAGGGGAAAAACAGAACUGAAGGGUAAAGGAGUAGAAGACACAUAUUGGCUAGUUGGGAAAAAAGGCUUUCUGAAGCCCUUACCUAAACCUCCUGAAAUAAAACCAGGCCACAACUGGCCAGAUGUACUGACCAGGAAACUCAAAUCUGUCCUGAGGGGCACAAAGAGGACACUGACAAAAGCAACUUUUAAAGAGCUGGGGAGCAUGAAGGAGGCUGGAAUAAGUAUUGAAGAGGAUGAGAUCUGA